AUGGAUUUCACCCAGCUCCGGAACAUCAUCAGCAGAUACUGUGUGGGGGAGGAGAUCUGGGUGGACAGUCGGACGGUGUACAUCGGGCAUAAAGAACCUCCUCCGGGAGCUGAGGCCUACAUCCCUCAGCGUUACCCCGACAACCGCAUCGUCUCCUCCAAGUACACCUUCUGGAACUUCAUUCCUAAGAAUCUGUUUGAGCAGUUCAGAAGAAUCGCCAACUUCUACUUCUUGGUCAUAUUUCUGGUCCAGCUUAUCAUCGACACCCCCACCAGCCCGGUCACCAGCGGCCUGCCCCUCUUCUUUGUUAUCACUGUCACCGCAAUAAAACAGGGCUAUGAGGACUGGCUCAGACACAAGGCUGACUGCUCUAUAAACGAGUGUCCGGUGGACGUGGUGCAGCAGGGGAAGGUGGUGAGGACACAAAGUCACAAGCUACGGGUGGGGGACAUCGUGGUGGUGAGGGAGGACGAGACUUUCCCCUGUGACCUCAUCCUGCUCUCGUCCAGCCGCCAUGAUGGGACCUGCUACGUCACCACCACCAGCCUGGACGGGGAGUCCAGUCACAAGACCUAUUAUGCUGUACAAGAUACCCUGGCCUUUAGAACGGAGCAGGAGGUGGACUCGCUACACGCCACUAUUGAAUGUGAACAACCACAGCCUGACCUCUACAAAUUUGUGGGACGCAUCAAUAUAUACAAGGACAAAGAAGAGCCCGUGGCUAGACCACUUGGGGCUGAGAAUUUGCUCCUUAGAGGAGCCACACUGAAGAACACACAACACAUUUAUGCUGUCGCAGUCUACACUGGUAUGGAGACUAAGAUGGCGCUUAAUUACCAGUCUAAAUCUCAGAAGCGCUCCGCUGUAGAAAAGUCGAUGAAUGCCUUUCUGAUCGUGUAUCUGUUCAUCUUGAUCAGUAAAGCGGUUAUCAACACCGUUCUGAAGUACGCUUGGCAGUGGUCUCCGGACCGAGACGAGCCCUGGUACAACCACAGGACUGAGAACGAGCGCCAGCGCCACGUGGUGAUCCGAGCAUUCACAGACUUCCUGGCCUUCAUGGUCUUGUUUAAUUACAUCAUCCCGGUGUCCAUGUACGUGACGGUGGAGAUGCAGAAAUUCCUGGGCUCCUAUUUCAUCACGUGGGAUGAAGAAAUGUUCGACGAAGAGCUGGGAGAGGGAGCUCAGGUCAACACCUCGGACCUGAAUGAGGAGCUGGGACAGGUGGAGUAUGUGUUCACUGAUAAGACGGGCACUCUCACCGAGAACAACAUGGAGUUUAUUGAAUGCUGCGUCGAUGGGAACGUCUACAUCCCACAUGCCAUCUGCAACGGCCAAAUCCUCAGCGCUGCCUCCAGUAUAGACAUGAUUGACUCGUCACCCGGAGGAUACAGGAGAGAACACGAGGAUCUGUUUUUCCGGGCGCUGUGUCUGUGUCACACAGUGCAGGUGAAGGAGGAGGAGACGGUGGAAAGCAUCAAGAGGGGCAUCCACCAGGGCAAGCCCACCUCCUUCUACAUCUCCUCCUCACCGGAUGAGGUGGCUUUGGUGGAGGGAAUGAAAAGGCUGGGUUACACCUAUCUGAGACUGAAAGACAACUACAUGGAGAUCCUCAACAAAGACGAUGAGAUUGAAAGGUUUGAGCUGCUCCACGUGCUGAACUUUGACUCCGUCAGGAGGAGAAUGAGCGUCAUAGUCAAGUCAAGCUCAGGAGAAUACCUGCUGUUUUGUAAGGGGGCAGACUCGUCCAUUUUUCCUCGAGUCGUGUCUGGGAAGGUGGAGCAGGUGAAAGCCCGGGUGGAGCUGAAUGCUGUCGAGGGGCUGCGGACUCUGUGUGUCGCUUAUCGAAAGCUGUCCGAGUCCGACUACCAGGAGGCGUGUCAUCACCUGAACGAAGCCAAGCUGGCCCUGCAGGACAGGGAGCAGAGGCUGGCGCAGGCCUAUGACAUCAUCGAGAGGGACUUUGUGCUUUUGGGCGCUACGGCAGUGGAGGACAGGCUCCAGGAGAAAGCCGCGGACACCAUUGAGUCACUGCACAAGGCCGGGAUGAAAGUUUGGGUCCUGACGGGGGACAAGAUGGAGACGGCAGCGGCUACCUGCUACGCCAGCAAGCUGUUCCGCCGCAGCACCCAGAUCCUUGAGCUGACCAAGAAACGCACAGAAGAGCAGAGUCUGCAUGACGUCCUGUUCGAACUGAACAGGACUGUCAUCAGACAACGCUCUAUGUCUGGGUUGUCAGUCGACUGCCUUGACUUUGGUCUGAUCAUCGACGGGGCCACUCUGUCUGCAGUUCUAAAGGCCAACCAGGAGGGGGCCGGCUCCGGCAACUACAGAGAGAUCUUUCUCGACAUCUGUCGCAACUGUAGCGCCGUGCUCUGCUGUCGCAUGGCACCUCUGCAGAAAGCGCAGAUUGUGAAGCUAAUUAAAGCUUCCAAGGAGCACCCCAUAACCCUCGCCAUCGGUGACGGUGCCAACGAUGUCAGCAUGAUCUUGGAAGCACACGUGGGCAUUGGCAUCAUGGGUAAAGAGGGCCGACAGGCGGCCAGGAACAGUGACUACGCCAUCCCGAAGUUCAAACACCUGAAGAAGAUGCUUCUCAUCCAUGGCCACUACUAUUACAUCCGAAUUGCUGAACUUGUUCAGUACUUCUUCUACAAGAAUGUAUGCUUCAUCUUCCCUCAGUUCCUGUACCAGUUCUUCUGUGGGUUCUCCCAGCAGCCACUGUACGAUACCGCAUAUCUGACGUUGUACAACAUCAGCUUCACCUCGCUGCCCAUCCUCCUCUACAGCCUGGUAGAGCAGCACGUCACUAUAGAGACGCUCAAGAGGGACCCCUCCUUGUACAGGGGCAUAUCGAAGAACUCCCUCCUCCGCUGGCCCGUCUUCCUGUACUGGACAUGCCUGGGUGUGUUCGACGCCGUUAUCUUCUUCUUUGGUGCCUACUUCCUGUUUGACAACACCACCUUUACCAGCAAUGGCCAGCUUAUGACCACCAACACACAGAUGAUGUUCGGGAACUGGACCUUCGGGACUCUCGUCUUCACUGUGCUGGUGUUCACCGUUACGCUCAAGCUUGCCUUGGACACACACCACUGGACCUGGAUCAAUCACUUUGUCAUCUGGGGGUCACUACUUUUCUACGUUAUUUUCUCUCUUCUCUGGGGAGGCAUCAUUUGGCCCUUCCUGAACUACCAGAGGAUGUACUACGUGUUCAUGCAGAUGCUGUCUAGUGGUCCCGCCUGGCUCAGCAUCAUCCUGCUCAUUACGGUCAGCUUGCUGCCAGAUGUCAUCAAGAAGGUCCUCUGCAGGGCCAUGUGUCCCACAGCCAUUGAACGUGCACAGGAUCAUGAGAAGCUGUCGCGGGGUGGCGUGGCCGAGUUGACUCCACUGUCGUCUCGUCGAUCCUACAAAGGCACGAGCACGGACUCCUCUCACCUCCACCUCGGCGCUGCGGAGACGCUGUCGCUUCACAGGUCUGAUCCCCUUCCCCAGAAACUACUGGUCCACUUGGCAGAGGGUGGAGGGGCAGACUUGUGCUCUCUCAGCCCCUACGUGCUCCGUCUAUCAGGGGCGGGAUACGCCUACUACGCUCCAGGGCCGGAGACCUCCGUGUGAACACAAAACGCAGGCUCUGAAACUAUGUGUAGGUGAAUCUCAUAAAGUACAUCCGACGAUGUUCGACCGAGAUCUGCGUCUCAAGGAUCGAAGCAAUCGAGCAAAAACACAAACAAACACGUUCACACACUUCAACCUCCAUGCCGAGUUCACCAUGUGCAUUUUCUGGGCUACACCUGAGUGAACGACCCUUUACAUAUUACAGCCCCGACGCCUCAUCAACAUUCUUUGGUAACAUCUUUUUGAUUCAGUGUCGUCCCCAUCUUAGUGUCAUUAAAGUUCCUAAACCCAAACUCUUACUUGAAAAAGUCUAAGAACAAAAAAAGGGAACCAUGUGCAAAGGUGCAUUUGUUUCAUGCACUGACGGAGCUGUCCUGUUGCAACACGUCAGCAGGCCUUUUUGUAUUCCUCGUCCUCAUUUUCAGUCUUCACGUUCUUGCCUGUUCCUCCACUUUCGUGUCCUUUUUUGCUUCUUUGUGAAUGUUUGUUGGAAACAUUUAUGUACAGUAUGUGGUCCGGCCAAGUAAGGGGCAGCCGUCAAGCUCAGCCCUUUAGGUGUGUGUGCGUGCGUGCGUGCGUGUGCAUGUGCGCGAGUGUAUGCAUGACAUUUGCCUAUUACUGUAUGUUUGUAUGUGACACACCUUUGCCUUACAGGUAGCCACACAGCAGCAGGCUAGGAGCCAAAGGGGAAAGGUGUAAAAAAACACAAAAAAACAAAACAGAAGUGGUGUAUUACAAAGCCUUACCCACACACACACACACACACACACACACACACACACACACACACACACACACACACACACACACACACACACACACACACACACACACAGACACACACUCAGCUGAAAGAGAAACUGGGGAAAUCUGAAGAGGGAUGUGGAGUAUUCUAGCCACCCUGCCUUAAUUCAUAGAUACUGAUUUUUAGUGGAUUAUAUUUCUAGGUUAAACAUGUGUUGUGAGUGGACAGGGCAGACUUGUCUGGUACAGUGUGUCUGUUAUUCCUCUUCCUCUUCUUUUACCCUCACGAUUGUGUCGACUUUUCUUUUUCUUAUCUGCCAGUGUAGCAUGUCGGAUCUCCCUGCUGCAUGCUGAUCUGCUCUUCUUUUCUGUUCUUCCUUAUCCUCCGUCGUCCCAGACAUCAUUCAUCAUGAACCAUAUCACGACACCUUUUCUUUCUCCCGACAAUGAGCACACUUGCACCCACUCCCGCCCCCAUGUGGCCGCGUCGGGUAACAGCAGCAGCCGAGACUCGUGGAGUCUUUAUUUAUGGAUGUCCUAAAAUGACUUGCUAUUCCUCACUGUUGCAUUGUGCUUGUGUGUUUGCUGCCAUGCUCUGUGUUAUGCAAAAGUUAAUGUAAGAAUGCUAAUGUCAUGUUGUCACAUUAUAAGGGGUUUUUUCUCUGUGUUUGCAUUUAUCCAUGAGUUUUUUCUGUAUUGUUCUAAAAUUAUUGAUGGCGGUCACUGUUGAUGUAUGGAUGUAACUUAAAAGAAAAACCUUUUGAUAUAUAUUGUAGUAAGAAGGGGUGUUAUAUUAGACUGUUGUAAGUAGGAGGGACACUUGAAUCGGCGAUGUCACAAUCAAAUCAAUAGAAUGUUGAACUGAUUUAUCCAUCAUGUCCUCCAGCCGAAGAUUGUGGCUCAUUAUGGAUGAACCCCUUUUCUGCAUUUCUAGCAUCCGAAGUCCUCUCUGUCCAAAGCAUAUCUGUCGUGUUGCACAGCAAGUGACUGACUGGGGAAGUCUUGAAUGUCAGAUUCAGAAGCAUUUUUGUAUGUUUAUACAGUUUAUUUUCAUACACAUCACCAUCUGCCAACAUGUAUAGAUUUAAUAACAGGUGUUCAGUAUUUUUUUUACUGGGGCACAGAUGAUUUAUCGGUUUGGUUGGAGGUCUGGAUUUGUCUCAGUUUUCACUCAAAGCCUCCACAAGUAUUUGAAUUUAGGGGCUCAACGUCCUGACCUCAGUAGAUUAUUAGAAGGGCCUUGGUGCUUGUUAUGCAGUGUCCCAUCUCACUGUGCUGUUGCCAUACUGUAUCCAGACAUAUUCUACAUGCCACACAUACCAAUCCUACCACAAUAAUGCUAUAAGGUCUAUUUUAAUUUAAUGAUGUAAUGGGGAAUUCUUUUGGAGUCAUUCUUCAAACCCAGUUUGUUAUCUGGUCCUCCACACCUCAGUUCUUUUCUCUACUACUUGUCAUUUUUGUGUUGUCCAUUGUGAAUAUUUCUUUUGCUACUUUUGUAUCCCAGAGAGAAGACUAUAUUUUAACUCUGUUAGAAUGUGUGUUCAAGUUUGUAACCAAAAUUAGAGCAACAUAUACAUUAUAAGAUUCAUUAGAGAUUUACGAAUAGGUCUACACACACUGCACUUUGUUCUACAACAGAUCGUUUUUUCCCCCCCUCUAAAACAAGGUCUAUCGUCUGUCGACUUGGGGGGGGGGGGGGGGGGAUUUAUAAGUGUUCACUCUUCCUCACAAGUUAUUUUUCUAAGAAGAAUGUAGUGGGUGAGAAAAAAAAAAAAAAGUGACCAAAUAACUUGACUUGGAAUGGACCGUCUGUAGCCUCCGUCUCAAAUGGGUUUAUCGCACCAGCCUUUUACUGCUGAUCAGAAUGUCAAACUGCUUUUUCUAAGUCCAUCAGCAGAACAGCAGGUGCUCAUCUUGUCACUCCUGAGCGUUGGUAAAAUGUCUGGGUUAGGGUGUCGACUUCUGUGCUCUGAGCAGCACGCGUCAUAUCAUACCUUCAGUACAGCACUGUUUGUAUUACUAAACAGGUUUUGAGAAUUUACUUUUUUUUUGGAUAAAGAUUUUAAAAGUUCGCCUGUUCACUUUUUGCCAGCCUGUCUGUAGCAAAUGAGGGCAAAGCACUGUAUUGUCAUUCUGCUUGUAAUAAAGAAAGAGUAAAAAAAU